AUGAAGGAAGACAUCCCAGCGACGACAUCACUAAUUGGUUAUCUGAUCUGUCUGAUCUUCAAAGCGCUCUCUACCUCCAAAAUUCUUCUAGUCCCAUACUCAAAGUGGCAUGUUCCCCGGUACCAUGAAUGGAUGCAGGACGAGAGCCUCCAUCUCUUUGUCCAUCUCUUUCCCCGUCCUUUCAAGAACAAUCUGCUCAAGCUUGACUCGCAGGAAAUCCAACAAGCAACCGCGUCGGAGCCGCUGUCCAUCGACGAGGAAUACGCAAUGCAGCGCAGCUGGCGGCAAGACGCAGAUAAACUAACAUUCAUCGCCUGCCGUCCCGUCCUUAUACCUGGAGAAAACCCUCUUUAUUUGUCCUCAGACUCGGACUCUCCAUCCAACAUGGUCGGCGACAUUAACCUCUUCCUCCACGUCGACGACGGCGAAGAAGGAGACGCAUCGCCCGAAUUAUACGGCGAGAUCGAACUCAUGAUCGCCGAGAAAGUGAAUCAGGGGCAAGGAUUCGGGAAAGCCGCAUUACUGACCUUCUUGCGAUACGUCGUUGAGAAACAGGCUGCUAUUCUGGAGGAAUAUGUGACGGGUGAUGUGGAGGCCGAUACGACGAAGAAAUUGCGGGCUGCUCAGCCGGUGCUUCGGUUCUCGUAUUUAAGUGUGAAGAUUGGAGAGGCGAAUUCUCGGAGUUUGGCGCUCUUUGAGAGUCUUGGGUUUGUGAGAGUUGCAGAGGAGCCAAAUUACUUUGGAGAGUUUGAAUUGAGGAAGAAGGAUUUUUCGGUGGAGGCUCUUGAUGAGAGACUUUCGAUCGCUGGGGUGAAUGACUAUCAAGAAUUGGCUUAUCUACGUCAGGAGUGA